AUGGGAAGAGCUCCUUGCUGUGACAAGGCCAAGGUUAAAAGGGGGCCUUGGUCUCCUGAAGAAGAUGCUAAGCUUAAAUCCCACAUCGAAAAGCAUGGCACGGGUGGCAAUUGGAUUGCCUUGCCUCACAAAAUAGGUCUGAAGAGAUGUGGAAAGAGCUGCAGGCUGAGGUGGCUAAAUUAUCUUAGGCCCAACAUAAAGCAUGGAGGCUUUACUCAAGAUGAAGAUGACUUGAUUUGCAGCCUCUAUAUUAGCAUUGGUAGCAGGUGGUCAAUAAUUGCAGCUCAAUUACCGGGAAGAACGGACAAUGACAUAAAAAACUAUUGGAAUACGAAGCUUAAGAAGAAGCUGUUGAUUGGGAACAAUAAGCCGAGCCGCGGCUUACAAAGCCGCAGAGCCAAGCCAUCGGUUAAUAAUCAAUAUAUGUUGACCCAAAAUGAUAGGCUUGACCAGCCGCCGGCUUCAAAUAAUUCCCAGCUGGCUAAUAUUCUGCCUGUGCCUCAAUUGGAAGCUACAUUAAAUUAUGUUUAUAGUGACAUUAACUUUGAUCCAAAUUAUGGGGCAGCUAAUUAUAUAAGUUUUCCAGCUUAUGAGGAGAUGAUCAUGCACAAUACUAAUGGUUAUAAUGAUGUGCCCGAUGGCCUACACGGCUUCUCUGUGGUGGAUACGGUCAGGUUCGGUACAAUUAGCUCCGGUUUGACGGAAAAGGCAGAUUGGGACAACAUGCAUGAAUCUGGAUAUUUACCGUUCUGCCCUCUGCAGUUCUGA